ACACUUCCCCUUCUCAACGGCCUCAUCACAAUAGAAUCGGCAUUAGAUGAUGACGACAAUGUUCUCCAGGAGCUGUCUUACCCCGAGAAAAGAAUCCAGUUCUUUACGUACCUGCUGAUGCAGCGGGACACCAUCGAGGACGUCGUAUCGUUUCAUCCGGGGCUCAAGAGCAAACAGAUAUGCCGUAUCGGAGAAGUCAGAGAAUGGAUCGCAGGGAGCUUCAAUGUCUGCAUACCGGUUUAUAUCAGCCACUGGACAAAGGCGACCGCCAAACGAGUACUGAUCAGGUUUCCUCUGCCCUAUAAAGUUGGAGAAGUCGAAUGUCCCGGCAACGCAGAGGAGAAGCUGCGCUCCGAGGCUGCAACAUUUAUAUGGAUCCAAGAGAAUUGUCCCCUGGUUCCAACACCUAACUUAUGGGGGUUUGGGUUUGCCAAUGGCCAAAGUUUUACCGCGGUUGGACGAGUAUCUUUUUUUCGCCGGCUGAUGUGGAGUCUACGCCGGACCAUUUCCUCCAUCUUUAGAUACUCGAUUCCAAGUCAGUACGUGAGUCGGCAAUGUCCUUACAGAUUAAAAACUCCCUAUCUGGUUAUGAAUUACAUUGAUGGCACCGAAGGGGCUAUGCUUUCUGAAUCUUGGGAAAGAUCACGCCAGGACCAGACUCGACGGAGGAAUCUUUUCAAAGGGCUAUCUCGGAUUAUCUUAUCGUUGGCACGCUUGCCAUUCGACCGGAUAGGCUCGCUGACAAUCGACAAUCGAAGUGUCGUACGACUGAAAAAUCGCCCGCUUACGCUCCGACUUCAACACCUAGAAAACCAAUCUGUUCCAACAAGCAUUGACCGGGAUCUUACUUACUGCUCCACAGACGCAUACUUGCUAGAUCUUCUGGCCUACCACGACAGUUACUUGCGAUACUCUCCGAAUUCUGUGCGAGAUGAGCUUGACGGUCAGGCACAGUUGUCCACUCUAACUGUUAUGCGCGCCAUCCUUCCUCAUUUCACAAGCCGUGAUCUCCGGCGGGGACCUUUCAUCCUCAACCUCACGGAUCUACAUCAAAGCAACAUUUUUGUGGACAGCGAGUGGAACAUCAAGUUUCUGGUCGAUCUAGAGUGGACAUGCUUGCGCCCAGUAGAAAUGCUACAUCCUCCGUAUUGGCUGACUAGUCGUGGAGUAGACCAGCUGGAAAAGGGAGAACAUUUCGACGCCUUCAGCAACAUGCACAGCGAAUUCAUGGAAAUUUUCGCAGAAGAGGAGAAAUUACUUUCCAAAAAAGAGGACAGGCCAUUUAUCUUAACAGAGAUUAUCAAGCGGGGCUUGGGAAACGGAAGCUUCUGGUACUUUCAUGCCCUCGACAACCCCAAAGGACUGUAUAAUAUAUUCCUCGACCACAUUCAGCCUAUCUUUGCCAGGCUGGACGAUGCAGAAGUGGAUAGCUUUGAACGAAUGGUGGCGCCUUAUUGGAGUGCGGAUAUGCAGGAUUUUCUUGCGGAUAAACUUAAGGACCAAGAGGAGUAUCAAAAUAAACUGCGGGAGGCAUUCGCAGUCGGUGACUCGGAGCCAAAGGUGAAUGGUACCUUCUAUGGAAGACGGCGGUCCUGA